AUGCUUUUCAGGUUCUUACUUCAUAGCUUCCUUUCUCUUAGAAAGAUCCUCCAUGGUAGCAAGUCAGCAGAAUCUGGUCUGUCAUCAGACAGCUAUAAAAUGGAUUAUCCAGAAAUGGGGCUAUGUGUAAUAAUCAAUAAUGAAAAUUUUCAUCCAAACACUGGCAUGUCAUUUCGUUCUGGUACAGAUGUAGAUGCAGCAAACCUCAGGGAUACGUUCAAGAGCUUGAAAUAUGAAGUCAGGAAUAAAAAUGACCUGACAUGUAAAGAAAUAAUUGAAUUAAUGUGCAAUGUUUCUAAAGAAGAUCACAGCCAAAGGAGCAGUUUUGUUUGCGUGAUUCUAAGUCAUGGUGAAGAAGGAAUCAUCUUUGGGACGGAUGGAUCUGUUGAACUGAAAAGAUUAACAUCUUUCUUUAAAGGGUAUAAAUGUAGAAGUUUAACAGGAAAACCAAAGCUUUUUAUUAUUCAGGCAUGUAGAGGCACAGAGUUGGAUUGUGGUGUUGAAACAGACAGUGGCACUGAUGAUGAUGUAACAUGCCAGAAAAUACCUGUUGAGGCAGACUUCUUAUAUGCAUAUUCUACAGCCCCAGGCUACUAUUCUUGGAGAAAUAAAACAUAUGGUUCAUGGUUUAUCCAGUCACUUUGCACAAUGCUGAAACAGUAUGCUCACAAGCUUGAGAUAAUGCAAAUCCUUACCAGAGUCAAUCGGAAGGUGGCUACAGAGUUUGAAUCUUAUUCCCUAGACGUUGACUUAAAUGCAAAGAAGCAGGUGCCAUGUAUCAUGUCCAUGCUUACUAAGGAACUAUAUUUUUUCCUCUAAGAAAAUCCAUGCAUUUUAAUUUGU